AUGCCCACCAAUACCUCCGCCGCUUCCUCCAGCCGUCGGCGACGCCAUCGCAAAUCUUUCCCACCCUGGAUCCUUCUCAACAACGAAGGCUACAUCGGCAGCCGCCCCAACGCCACAACCGCCGUUCGCGAGGGGAGGGACAACCUGGCGUUUGAAGCGUCCAUCUUGCCAGCGCAGCCGCCGCUCCCCUCCAACCUCUUCGUGCAUUGCCCCAGCUUGAAACUCCCCCGCCCCUCCCUAAUCCUCUCCACAUCCCAAGAUCUACUGCUCUUCCGUGUCCCGGUCGCCGUCGGUCCUCCAUCAAGCACCGUCGCCUUCAAUGACUGUGACUACUUCGUCUACCGGGCCGGUGGCGUCACCAGGCCCCCGUCGCUCACUCUGAUCCCAGAUCCGAACCCCAACAUCUUCCACGUUGCCCUCGGAGUCCUUCCCCGUGGUGGGGAUCUCAACGAGUAUGAGCUCCAACGUUUUGACUCCGAGGCCGGGAGAUGGACCUCCAAGUCGGUGUGGCUGGACGCGCCAAAGAGGGCCUUCCCGGUGAAGAUCCCCGUUAACGCCCGCCGGCUCAACUACCAUCUCACCACCACCAUGAUCACGCUUGGGGGUGAAGCUGGCACCAUUGGUUGGGUCGAUCUCUGGAGCGGCAUCCAGCUCUACGACCUGCUUCAUGAUCAUCAAGACAACAGUAGGCCCACGAUCCGGCACAUGCCGGUGCCGCUGCCGAUGCACGCUAUCACCUGCAACCGUGGGGCGGGCGCCAAGCUAGGCUGCCCACGCGCUCACCGUGGCAUCACUGUCGCCACCAACAAGAGAGGCAAGACCUUCCUCAAGUUCGCUGACCUGCAAACCAUUGGCGGCCGUCUUCCCUACAAUGACAUCGAGACCCAGCUGCCUGCAUUUGAAGUCGAUGACUGGAUCGUCACUACAUGGAGCAACAUGGAAAUGGCUGGCUUGUUCGAGGACUGGCACAAGGAAUUUACAGUCCGUGGUUCCGAGAUCAAGAUCAGUGACGCCAUGCGUGCAGAGUUGCUGAGCUCUGGAUUGCUGCACCGUAAACCGACGCGGGAUGAUGGCGAGGAGCCUGCCACGGACCACGGUAGAGCUCGCCUUGCAGAACCUCGCGGUGUCUGA